AUGCCGACAGAAGAAGCAACAUCAAUGGCAGAAAAUGAAGUCACAUCUCUGAAUCACAAUCAUCCACUUUAUCUUCAAGCAUCUGAUGCACCUGGAGUGAUCUUAGUCCUAAUCAAGCUAACAGGACCAGAGAAUUAUGCCAUGUGGUGUCGCUCGAUGAAAUUGGCUCUUAGAGGAAAAGGAAAACUUGGAUUCGUUGAUGGAUCGUGUAGGAAGACAGCUUUCAAAGGAGUAUUGGAGGAACAAUGGAAAAAAUGUAAUGCAAUCGAGUUAUCAUGGAUUGCGAGUACUGUUACAAGUGAAUUACUGCCAGGGAUUAUAUAUGCUUCAAACGCGAAAAGAGUUUGGGAAGACUUUAAGGAAAGGGUACUGACUCUGUACGUAACUUCAUACUACUCGAAGCUCAGGGAUUUGUGGGCUGAAUUGGAUGUAAUGAUCCCAUCACCAUGUUGCAAUUUUGAGGAUUCAACAGCUUAUAUGGGACAUUUAAGAUCACACAGACUUCUACAAUUUUUAAUGGGAUUGAAUGAGAGUUUUAGUAGUAUUAGAAGUAACAUUGUGGCUCAAAAACCAGUAGUAACUGUGAAUGAGGCAUAUGCAGUAGCAGCACAAGAAAGUCAAAGAGCAUUGGGAGUUUCAGAGAGAACAAGAGAUUAUUUAACUCUCUUAGCAGGAAAAGCUCAGACAUGCACUCCAAGCCAAAGAAGUCACUAUAAGAUUGAUUGCUACAAAUUGGAAGGAUAUCCACCAGGAUUUCAAAGCAAAAGAAAUGGAAUUGAUGGUUACAAGAAUGACUACAAAGUAGCUGAAGGUUUUAGGCCUGACUUCAAACCAAAUGCACAUUUCACAAAGAAUGCUGAUGACUUCAAUGAUAGAGGAAAGCAAGUUGAAGGUGCACAUUUCACAAGGAAUGUUGAUUACUUCAAUGAUAGAGGAAAGCAAGUUGAAGGUCACAUGACACCACCUCAAUACCAAGAUCUGGUAAACAGGAUGGAUAGAGCAGAAACAUCAGAUUGUGUUGCUAAUAUGUCAGGUAUGUCUUCUUUAAACUCAAAACCAGGUAGAGUUUAUGAAUGGAUAAUUGAUAGUGGAGAUACACACCACAUCAUACCUAAUAAGGAGUUGUUGACUGCUAUUAAAAGAAUACAAGGAAAUAACAGUGAUGGAGUACAAGUUCCAACAGGAAGUAGAUGUGAUAUCAAAGGAAUUGGUACUGCACAGGGACUCUACGAUGGCAAGGUGUUGGGGAUUGGUAAAGAGAGGGAAGGAUUGUACAUUUUGAAGAAACAAAUACAGUCACCAGUGCAGGCUAUGGCUACUGCAAAUAUGAGUAGAGAUGCAACAUUAUGGCAUUUGAGAUUAGGACAUGCCUCAACUGGUAUUUUACAGCUUAUUCAAUCACUGAAGCAUUUAUCAAACAAGAAUAUACAACAUGAAUUGCUCAAAGAUUUCAUUGCCUUAAUAAAAAAUCAGUUUGGUUUGCCUGUGAAAACCCUGAGAUCUGAUAAUGGUUCUGAGUUUUUCAACUCUUCUGUAAAUAAUUUACUUGCUUCUCAAGGCAUUAUACAUCAGAGUAGUUGUGCAUACAGCUCUCAACAAAAUGGCAAAGUAGAGAGGAAACACAGACACAUCUUGGAGAUGGCACGGGCUUUGAGAUUUCAAAGUUCUCUCCCAAUUUAUUUCUGGGGAUAUGUAACUUUCAGAGAAUCCACCUUCCCUUACCAAGCUGAACCUGUUAAAUCUACUUCUACUGACCUUGACAUGUUUGAACUGCAAAAUUCAGAUUAUCUUUCCACCUCUCUCAUUAAUUCUUCUGAUCAUCCUAAUGAAUGCAACACUACUCAUAUUCCUGAUCCUAUUAUUGAGACCAGUCCUGCUUCCAUUCUUGAAGAUAUUCCCACAAUUAAUGCCUUACCUUCUUUACAGCCUACAGAAGAACUUCUCCAAAUUACAUAUCAGUCUAAGUCCAGACCUUCUAGAACUAUUAAACCUCCUGGAUGGUUAAAUAAUUACAUCACUACUUCUAAAGCUAAGCCACCAUCUUCCACUAUGACUGAUGAACUUUGUGCCUUGGAAAGUAAUCACACUUGGGAGGUGGUUGACUUACCACCAGGCAAACAAGCUAUUGGCUCUAAAUGGGUGUUUAAAAUAAAACAUAAGGUUGUUGAUAAAUAUAAGGCAAGGUUGGUUGCUAAAGGAUAUACACAAAAUGAGGGGUUAGAUUACCAUGAAACAUUCUCCCCUGUUGCAAAAAUGAUAACAGUCAGAACUCUAAUCAGUGUUGCAGCAUCUAAGGACUGGUCUUUGAUUCAAAUGGAUGUUAAUAAUGCAUUCCUUCAAGGUGAUUUACAUGAAGAGGUUUACAUGUCCCUACCUCAAGGUUUUUACAGACAGGGGAAGACUAGAGUGUGUAAGUUGUUGAAAUCAUUGUAUGGCCUGAAACAGGCUUCUAGACAAUGGAAUAUCAAAUUAUCUACUGCCUUGUUGGAAGCAGGAUGCAUUCAGAGCUCACAUGACUAUUCCUUAUUCACCAAACAUUGUGGAAAUGACAUAGUUGUAAUUCUGGUUUAUGUUAAUGAUUUAAUGAUCACAAGAAACAGUCAACAACUGAUAGAUGAUGGUCAGAAGACACUGCAUAGCAAGUUCAAAGUGAAAGACUUGGGGCAGCUCAGGUACUUUUUAGGGAUCGAAGUAUUGAGGUCAGAAAAGGAGAUUCUACUUAACCAAAGAAAGUAUAUUUUGGAAUUACUCUCCACAGUAAGAAUAACAGGAGCUAAGCCAGCUUCCACUCCGAUGGAGAUGAAUGUAAAGCUUACUACACUGGAGUAUGACUCAGUAGUUGGAAGUGUUGAAGAUCCUGUGUUAAGUGAUAUUCACAGUUAUCAGUAA